AUGCGCAGAGGCGUAAUUCCGGCUACCGUCCGGCAUAAUAACCGGAGAGGCGUCGUUCCAGAGAAUCACCGUUCUGUGCUGCCUCCAUUCCAGGAGAAAAUAACCAACUUUAAUGGAAAUUGUCCGAAAGAGCAACGACCUUCACCAGCGGCAGAUUUUAAACUGGACAAUUACGUUGUUGUUCUCCACUUUGGGAAUAAUGGUUUCUGCGAGACCAGCAUAGAGGCUUUAAUUUUAUGUUGCAGUUCGAUCCCUGAGAACUUCUGUAUUUUCUCUCCUGAAUGUCUUGUAGCGGCAAAGAUGUUUUUCAAGGAAUGGAGUGAUGUUGUAGAAGCUUUGGUUUUUUUCUGGGAACAACGACUCGAUGGAAUUCAUCUUCUAGACCCGUCCGUGAAACUUAACGAAUUCCUCCCUUUUGAUAUGGAGGAGCUAAAUGAACGUCUCAAAGACCUCUUUGUCUCCCGAGUCAAGAGUCUUUUGGACGGAGAGGAAGUCAAGCGGUGGCAGAAGAAGCUUGAGCUUACCAGUGAUGAGAUCGCUGAAUUCUCGGCUUCUCUCAAAAAGCCUCAGAGUAUCGUUGUUUUUGAUGAGCUUAUGUCGAAGAAGAAGGGGCUUGUCGCUGCAAGGGAGCUUAUUGCAAAGAGAAUCAGGGAAUUUAGGUCUGCCAUGAACUGUAUACUUAAUUAUUUCAACGGGUUGACUUCCCCAGAGUGUCGUGGUAACACAGUUGAGGUGUUAAGGUUUAGUGGUGAUUUUGAUUGGAGUCGUAUUCACCACGUUAUGCUGCGGGAGAUUCGGCGCCUUGAUCAGGGUCUGCCAAUUUAUGCUUCCCGGAAAGAACUUCUCGAGGAAAUACAUCGCCAGCAGGUCAUGGUCUUGAUUGGAGAGACUGGUUCAGGGAAGAGUACACAGUUGGUUCAGUUUCUUGCUGAUUCAGGAAUAGGUGCUGAAGACUUUAUCAUAUGCACUCAGCCUCGCAAAAUUGCUGCCAUGUCCUUGGCACAAAGGGUUAUGGAAGAAAGUAAAGGUUGUUAUGAAGACAAUUUAGUUGCUUGUUAUCCAACAUACUCAUCUACCCAAGGUUUUAAUUCCAAGGUAGUUUUUAUGACGGACCAUUGUCUACUGCAACGCUACAUGAAAGAUAAGAAUUUGAGUAAGAUUUCUUGCAUCAUUGUAGAUGAGGCUCAUGAAAGAAGCUUAAACACUGAUCUUCUUUUGGCACUGCUUAAAGACCUGCUGAACGAGAGGCCUGAUCUGAGACUUAUCAUAAUGUCAGCAACAGCUGAUGCAGAGAAGCUUUCAGAUUACUACUCUGGUUGCACAACAUUCCGUGUUGUUGGAAGAAAUUUUCCUGUUGAAAUCAAAUAUGUUCCUUGUGCAUCUGAAGGAACUUCUGCCUUUUCAAAAUCUUAUUCUGGGGCUUGUGCUUCAUAUGUUUCUGAUGUUGUGAAUAAGGCAACUGAGAUUCACAGGGCGGAGGAAAAAGGCGCCGUACUUGCUUUUUUGACUUCUCAGAUGGAAGUGGAAUGGGCUUGUGAGAACUUUCAGGUCCCUAAUGCAGUUGUAUUGCCUUUACAUGGGAAACUUUCGAAUGAAGAGCAAAAUCGUGUUUUCCAUGAUUACUCUGGAAAGAGGAAAGUAAUUUUUGCCACUAAUCUAGCUGAGACAUCAUUGACUCUCCCUGGGGUUAAGUAUGUGGUAGAUUCUGGCAUGGUCAAAGAGAGCAGAUUUGAGCCUAGCACCGGUAUGAAUGUUCUUAAAGUAUGCAGAGUCAGUCAAAGUUCUGCUGAUCAACGUGCCGGCCGUGCUGGUCGAACAGCACCAGGCAAAUGUUACAGAAUGUACUCAAAAAAUGAUUUUCAGUCUAUGCCUUCACACCAGGAACCUGAAAUUCGUAGGGUUCAUCUUGGUGUUGCAGUUCUGAGGAUUCUUGCGCUGGGCAUCAAGAAUGUCCAAGAGUUUGAUUUUGUUGAUGCGCCUAGUCCCAAGGCAAUUGACAUGGCAAUCAGGAAUCUUCUUCAGCUAGGUGCGAUUACUUUCCAAAAUGGUUCUUUUGAAUUAACUGAUGAUGGUCUGUACUUGGUUAAGUUGGGUAUUGAGCCUCGACUUGGAAAACUCAUCCUUGGUGGCUGCUGUCAUGGUUUGCAUAAAGAGGGUCUUGUGCUUGCUGCUGUGAUGCCUAAUGGCAGUAGCAUUUUUUGCAGAGUUGGCACUGAUGAAGAGAAAUUGAAAGCUGACCGUCUGAAGGUUCAAUUCUGCCAUCAGGAUGGGGACCUUCUAACCCUUCUCUCUGUUUACAAGGAAUGGGAGGAUGUGCCCCAAGAAAAGAAAAACAAAUGGUGUUGGGAUAACAGCAUUAAUGCAAAGACCAUGCGAAGAUGUAAAGAGACUGUUUUGGAAUUGGAACAUUGCCUUAAAGGUGAACUAAAUAUUAUUGUCACAGGUAACUGGCUCUGGAACCCACGUGUGUCCAGUGAGCAUGAUAAAAAUCUGAAGAGAAUUAUACUUUCAUCUCUUUCAGAAAAUGUUGCCAUGUAUUCUGGAUAUGAUCGAUUAGGAUAUGAAGUGGCCUUAACUGGACAACAUGUUCAACUGCAUCCUUCUUGUUCUUUGCUGAUAUAUGGUCGGAAGCCAUGUUGGGUAGUUUUUGGUGAACUCCUAUCAAUAUCAAAUGAAUAUUUGGUUUGUGUUACUGCUUUUGACCUUGAAUGCCUGUCUACCCUUUGUCCCUGUCCUUUGUUCAACAUCUCUCAGAUGGAGAGCCGGAAGCUGCAGUCGAGUUUGAUGACCGGAUUUGUCAGUAUUAUAUUGAAAAGAUUCUGUGGGAAGUCAAACUAUAACUUGCAUCAUCUUGUAUCACGCAUUCAAACAGCUUGCAUGGACAGAUGGAUUGGUAUUGAAGUUGAUGUUGAAAAGGGAGAGAUUCAAUUGUUUGGCACUGCGGAAGAUAUGGGAAAGGUUUCUAGUCUUGUUGAUGAUGCAUUGCACUAUGAAAUGAGAUGGUUAAGAGAUGAAUGCAUAGAGAAAUGCUUGUACCGUGGCGGACUUGGUGUUUCCUCUGUAGCUUUGUUUGGAUCUGGUGCUGAAAUCAAGCAUCUGGAACUGGAAAAGAGAUUUUUAGCUGUGGAUGUUUUCCAUCCAGAUGCAGGCACUCUUGAUGAUAAGGAACUUCUUAUUACUUUUGAGAAUUGUGCAUCUGGUAUCUGUGGCUUCCAAAAAUAUACGUGCAUUGGACAAGAUAGUGAAAACCGUGAAAAGUGGGGCAGGAUAACGUUUCUUACCCCUGAAGCUGCUGAAAAAGCGGCUGCAGAGCUAGAUAAUUUUGAAUUCAAUGGCAAUGUUCUAAAGGUGUCCCCUUCAUGGGUAAGCUUUGGAGGUGAUGUGAAAAUGCAUUCAUUUCCUGCUGUAAAAGCCAAGGUUUCUUGGCCACGCAGGUAUAGCAAGGGUUGUGCAAUCAUUAAGUGUGCUGAACAGGAUCUUGAUUCUAUCAUUGAUGACUGUUCUAACCUGCUGAUUGGAGGUCGGUUGGUUCGUUGUGAACUUGGCAAGAAGUACAUGGAUUCUGUUGUCAUGAACGGGCUUGACAAAGAAAUUUCUGAACAAGAGAUUCUUGACAUUUUGAGAACUGUAACAGAUAAGAGAAUUCUGGAUGUUUUCCUGAUAAGGGGAGACGCUGUUACUAACCUACCAUCUGCUUGUGAAGAAGCACUUCUUCGGGAAAUUGCUCCCUUCAUGCCUAUGAAGAGUUCCCUAAGCAAUUGUUGCAAUUACUGGGUACAGGUAUUCCCUCCUGAACCAACAGAUUAUUCAAUGAGAGCUCUGAUAACUUUUGACGGAAGAUUGCAUUUGGAGGCAGCAAAGGCUUUGCAGCAUCUACAGGGGUAUGUGCUCCCUGUCUGUCUUCCAUGGCAGAAGAUAAGAUGCCAGCAGAUGUUUUAUAGCUCAGUAUCCUGCCCUGGUCCUGUCUAUCCUGUUGUUAAGACACAGCUGGAUUCUUUACUUCAAAGCUUCAAGCAUCGAAAGGGUGUAUUCUGCAAUCUUGAGAGGAAUGAGAAUGGCUCCUUUCGAGUAAAAAUAUCUGCAAAUGCUACAAAAACUGUGGCAGAGUUGAGAAAGCCGCUGGAGCAGCUGAUGAAAGGGACAACCAUAAAAGAUGCUAGCCUAACUCCAAACAUACUGCAACUUCUCUUUACAAAAGAUGGCAUGCCACUCAUUAAGUCAAUUCAACGAGAGACAGGUACAUAUAUCCUUUAUGAUAGGCAGAACAUGAACAUUAAAGUCUUCGGUUUGUUGGAGAAAAUUGCUGUUGCUGAGAAGAGAUUGGUUCAAUCCCUUUUGAGUCUCCAUGAAGACAAGCAACUAGAAAUUCACCUGCGUGGUGCAGAGCUGCCACCUAAUCUGAUGAAAGCAGUGGUUGAGAAGUUUGGGCCAGACCUACAGGGGCUCAAAGAGAAAGUACCUGGAGCUGAGUUUAUGCUUAAUAUUCGCCGUCAUGUCAUAUUGGUACGGGGUAACAAGGAGUCAAAGCAAAAGGUAGAGGAUAUUAUUUAUGAAUUUAUGAAGUCUCUAAGUGGUAGUUCACCGACUGAGCAGCCAAAAGGUGAAGAUACCUGUCCUAUUUGCUUGUGUGAGGUGGAGGACUGUUACCAGCUUCAGGGUUGUGCACACUUGUUUUGCCGGCUAUGCUUGGUAGAGCAGUGUGAGUCUGCAAUUAAAAGCCAUGAUGGGUUUCCUCUGCGCUGCACCCAUGAGGGGUGUGAAACACUCAUUUUGCUUGCGGACUUGAAGGGUCUGUUGUCAAGUGAGAAGUUGGAGGAUCUAUUCAGGGCUUCUUUAGGGGCAUAUGUGGCAGCUAGUGGUGGUACCUACAGGUUUUGCUCAUCCCCCGACUGUCCUUCAGUUUAUCGAGUGGCAGAUCCUGGGACAAUUGGUGAGCCAUUUGCUUGCGGGGCCUGUUACGUGGAGACAUGCACUAGUUGUCACUUGGAGUACCAUCCAUUCGUGUCAUGUGAGAGGUACAAGGAGUUUAAGGAUGAUCCAGAUUUGUCGCUUCAGGAGUGGUGCAAAGGGAAAGAACAAGUCAAGGUCUGCCCUGCCUGCGGAUUCACGAUAGAGAAGGUGGAUGGAUGUAAUCACAUCGAGUGCAAGUGUGGGAGUCACAUUUGCUGGGUCUGUUUGGAGUUAUUUAAUAGCAGUGACAAAUGCUAUGACCACAUGAGGUCACACCUAGAUAUUUUUGAAAUCUAAA